UUGCUCAAGGUAAAGUAAGAGGAACCUAGGAUGAAGGUGCACCUUAGGAGAUGUAGAGGGAUGCAACAAUCGUGGUGUCGGGGCAAAGGAAGAAUUAGAGCAAAUUGAGGAAAGGCAUUUCUCUGCGUACCUCUCACUGUUGACAAAACCUCAGAAAUCCCGACGCGUUACCAUAGCGGCCGCGUCUGGACUGGAGGCGGGGCCUUUCAGUAAUGUGCACCAACAACUAGGGCGCGACUGGAAACGUACUCCCGCUGUACUCCAACUUCCGGCGGAAAAGAAAGUGGGUUCCGCUUUCCGUCCGGCUGCCGCAGCAAGUGGACUCCUGCUCCAAAGUGAAGCGCCAUAAGUCUGACGCUGUGUGGAGCCAGGGGAAGGCAUCAGCAGGGACAGCCUCGGUGGGGCGGACGCCUGCCUGUGGACGCCGCGUGUCCGCCAAGCUGCGGCUGCUUCAGGGUCAUCAGAGAAGGCUCCCUUCUAGGUCAAAGGACGCUGAUGGCUUUGGAGCAGACACUCAAAAAGGAUUGGUACAGCAUUCUGGGUGCAGACCCAUCUGCAAAUAUGUCAGACCUAAAACAAAAAUAUCAGAAACUCAUAUUACUGUAUCAUCCAGAUAAACAAAGUGCAGAUGUGCCAGCUGGAACCAUGGAGGAGUGUAUGCAGAAGUUUAUUGAAAUUGAUCAGGCAUGGAAAAUUCUAGGGAAUGAAGAAACCAAGAAAAAGUAUGACCUGCAGCGGCAUGAAGAUGAGCUAAGAAAUGUGGGGCCAGUAGAUGCACAGGUGCGCCUUGAAGAGAUGUCCUGGAACCAAGGUGAUGAAUCUUUCUUUCUGAGCUGUCGAUGUGGUGGGAAAUACACUGUCUCCAAGGAUGAAGCACAAGAAGCCACCCUCAUCUCCUGUGACGCGUGCUCGCUGAUUGUGGAGCUCCUCCAUCAGAGCUGAGCUGCGUCUUCUGCCCUCGGUCCUUUACAACAAGGACACAGAUGCUUUCUUGUUAUUCAAGAUGGUCUUCAAGCAAAACCACUUAAGAUUAACAAAUUAAUUCAGUUUUUUAUAUGUAUCUAAAAUGUAAAUUAUAGGAUAUUACAAGAAGGACUUGAAUAAUAUUUUUGCACUUUUAGCUAACAACUUUUGUUUUCUCUUUGGUACAAACUAAUGAUUUCCUUUUUGAAGUAUAAAUAUCUUUUUCAAAAAUCAG